CAUAUAAAGUCCUUGGUGUCAGCAAAAUCGAAUCACAUGAGGCUCGCGUUAGCGAGGAAGACAGAUUAUUGGAAUAUUCAGAGAGCGCAGCAAGAAUCGGCAACAACAGGGAGAGGCAGAGAGGCGCAGCUCUGACGAGUAAGGCAACCGUGGAGAGGACUCACUUGGCUCACUGGGGAGUGGGGUUAUUUGCCUAACCUUGCUCUAAUCGCAGGUCAUGUCCUCUGACUGCACUAAAGACCCGGAAGAGGGAGAGGGUAUGAAGGAGGGCAUGGACUCCGAGGAAGAGGAGGACGCGGAAGACUUAGGUGAAGAGGAAGAGGAGGAUGACGAGAUGGAUUCUGAUGAGGAGGCAGAGGACCCCAGUCUGAAAGAAAAGAUUGCCUGGGUGGACGUAGAGACAACUGGGCUUGAUGUGGAUCAGGACACAAUUAUGGAGGUUGCAGUGGUGGUUACCAACAGCUUGCUCAAUGUGAUGGCAGAGAGCCCCAACCUUGUCCUUAAGGUGGAGGACAGACUUAUCACAAAUAUGAAGCAACCAUACCAGGACCAGCACACCAAGACUGGACUCAUUGAGAGAUGCAAGAAAAGUAGCCUUUCACUCAAGGCUGCUGAGGACCAGUUGCUAAAGUUUCUGGGAGACCACACAGAAAAAGACAAAACACCACUAGCAGGCAAUUCUGUUAAUGCUGACAAAAAGAAGUUCUUGGUGAAGUACUUGCCUAGAGUGAUGGAGCACCUUCAGGACCGUGUUGUGGAUGUCAAGAGUGUCAAGGAGUUGUGCAAGAGCUGGUAUCCUGAUGAGUUCAACUCUGCUCCCAUCCCAAAUGAAUCCAACACACAAGUAAUAGAAAGAGUGCGGGAGAGCAUUGAAGAGCUGAAAUAUUACAAGGCAACAUUGUGUAAUGCUGUGAAUGUACAACUCUAACUGUGUAGGUCUGGAAUUCUGCUAAGAGAUUUAAGUAAUUUACUUCCAGAUUAGUUUUUUAUACUGUGAUUAUUACAUGUUUAUUUUAUAUUGAUAAAAGAUUUUUGUCAAGAUAAACCUUUCAUCUCUUUGUUGCCUUUGUCAUAUUUUUGGUGUGAGUAGCAUAAAAAUCCCCUCUACUUCUGUACCUGUCAUUGUGAAAAUUGAGAAAAUAAAAAAAAAUUCUUGAUUUUUCAGUUAGAAAGUAUGAUUUGGGCAGUUUGUUUAUGAAGGUAACAACAGGAUUGAUUGAAUUAAGGUAUAAUAACAAUGGGAAUAAAAAAAAACAGUUAUUCUUUGUUAGUAAAUAUUUCAGUGUGGAUGAUAUGAAUGUGGUAAGCUGACCCUACAUGAUCAAUAUUAUUGUGCAAUAUUCUGUAUUGUACUAUAUUAUUGACAGUGAAGGGGCAGUAUUGAAGAAUGACAAUAUAUUGAAGACAUCAAAAGUGGCUGGUCUCAGAAGUGGUCAUGCAGAAGUGAUGGUUGAUAUCCUCUACCAUAUUGUAUGCCAUCUUUUGUAUGAUUUCUAUUUUUCUAUAUUUUAUCUAAGGGUGGUAUUGGGCUGAGGAUCUACUUACUAUCAUCUGGCUUUCCCAUUCUAGCAGUGGUGAGAAUUCAUAGUUGCAGCAUUGAAUUCUCUGUGCCUGCAUUUCUGUGGAUGAGUAGCAACUGACAUUAACUUCACCUCAUGUGUGGAUAAGUCCAGCUUUGGGAAGCACCCAUAGCUACCUGGAUGAUGGCUUAGUCAUGUCUGAGAGUCUUGGUAAUGUGUAUAUUCCCAAUUACUCAAUAUAUGUUUCCCAUAUGC